AGCAUGGCCUGCUUGCAGACGAGAGUGCCUGUGCUUAGGAUGAGUAUGACUAUUCUGAUGGUUUCACUGACUCUUGGAAAAGGAUUGGAUAUAAAGCAGCCUGGCCACUGCAGGGCCGUUUGCAGUAAUUAUGGCAAACCUGACUGCAUAACGCUAAACCAGGGUGAAGUGGAUUUUAAAACAGCUGAAGAGGCCUGCCAUGACAGGAAAGGAGAACUUCUGCAGUUGUGCUCUAAGAGUGAUAAGAGGUUGUUUGACAUUCUGAGCCAGGAAUUGUUUGGGAACUACUGGAUUGGGCUGCAUUUACCAGCUGGUGCCUGCAGCAACCUCUCAGCUCCACUGAGAGGCUAUAAGUGGAUAUCUGGCAGACCGGGCAUCACCUUUCUUCCAUCCUGGAAUAAAAACAUUCAACUCUGCUCUCCACACUGCGUAUCACUUUCAAGUGAUGAAAAAUGGACAGAGAGACCGUGCUCAGAUAAAGCUGAUGGGUUUCUGUGCAAAGUUGAGCUCCAAGAUGCAUGCCGUGGACAAGAAGUAUCGCAUUCAACCCUUUUUCAAAGCUAUAAAGGCUGUUCAUCUGGACCAUGUGAGCAGAACUGUGAGGAUUUUAAGGGGGGUUACACAUGCUCUUGUUUUGAACAAUAUAUACCAGACAACCAAGACCCCAGGCAGUGCAAACCACACUGUGCACAAAAGAGAUGCCCUAGUAUACAAGAGGCUGGCUAUGACAUAUGUCCUGAAGGCUUUCUAAAGGUUGACGGUAACUUUUGUGAGGACCCUAAUGAAGGUCCAGUCACAACUCCUCCCGUUGUAGCGUUUGUCAAACCACCCAUCAGCAACAAUACACUAAAGGCUUCUUCUGUUCCUGGAGUACGCGUUCUGUGGAUUUGCAUUGUGGUCAUUGUUGUUGUCAUUGCAUCCAUUUUUGUCACUAGGUUUUGUGUAGUUAAGCGUUACAGGCAAAGAGAAAAUUCGAAUCGCAACAACGUUGUGACUUAAUUAUUGCCCCAAAAUGACAGAGUCCUCUGGCUCUUUGUUCUUUAUCGCAGACUUGGGUAUUCUGUGUUGUCUCCUAGUUAUUUAAUGGUACACUCAUGAACCUAAAAGUGUGGUCCACACCACUGGGAACAGAAAACGCUAAAUGUUUAAAUGGCUUAACAAGUCAAAGUAGCUCUAACCUACACCUCCAAUUACUGACUGGCCUCCAACUAUUAGCUCCAGUCAUAUUUUCUUCCUCAGAAGCCUGACCAGCAGGCUGAGCCUAUGGUCAUUAAUCAUGCUUUAAUUUGUGUGUUUUUAGUCAAAAAGGAUUGUAAGUUAGAUGAACAACUGGCCAGAUGUAUAGAUGAAUGUAAAGAAUUCCAAAUGUUUCACAUCUCAUUUUUCCUUUUGGAAAACAAGAAAAGUGAGAACUACAUUUUGACACAUUUUAACAGCUAUUAUUUUAGGAGGUUUACACCUUUAUUUUAUUACAUAAUUUCCGAGUUUAUAUGAAUGAAACCCAA